AAUUGUGGGAUAGAAAGGAAUCUUUGAUGCUUGUGUUUUAAGAAUGAGCAAAUUAUUUCACUUAAAUACGUUUACAAACAAUAGUUUUGUUUGUAGAUGUGUUUUUAUGUAUCUUAUUUAACCCAAGAAUCAGUACAGAAGCAUAGGAGUAGCCAGAAUUGUCAAUCAACGUGAAAAGACAUGGAUUUCGACAGAAUGGAAAGCUCCAGCUUAAAUGGGAUGAAGGCAGGGAUGGAUGGAGACAAGAAACUGAGGAGAAAUUACAAACUGCUUGUAGAUCCCAUGAUAAGAGGAGGCUCCCAGAAAAUCUACAGAUUUGAUGGGAUAGAUCCAACGGACAGUCAUCAAAUCCACACUAGAGAUCCAAGAUCAAGGUUAACUCGAAUGUGGACAAGAAGAAUUCCUGCAGAUUUACCUGUUCCAAGAUUUACGUAUGACCAUUAUUAUGUUGGACCACCACCUACCAAUGAAGUGACAUUUACCAAUCUGAACGACAAUAUUGACAAGAAGUUUUUAGAGAACAUGUUAAAAUCAUUUGGAAUGUUGGAAGAAGUGAAUAUUUUCUACAACCCAAAGAAUAAAAAACAUCUUGGUAUUGGGAAGGCUGUGUUUGUUUCAUCAAAGUCAGCCAAGAUAUGUGCGGAGAAACUAAAUCAGACUUCUAAGAUGGGGAAUAUAAUGACAGUUUAUGUUGAUCCAGGAGGUAAAGAAAGAACAAAGUUAGUUGAUGAUGUUUUAUCUGAUAAGCCGAAAAAAAUUCCAGGAGAACCAACAACACCAUCAGACCCAAGACGCAAUAGAUCAUCAAGUUUUAAUGAUAGUUUUAAGUCAAAUUCUAGCUUUGAGGAAAACACUUUUGAUGCAUUUGGAGCUCAAACACCUAUGCCAACCUUCAAUGAUACAGGUUUCUUAAAUAAUAUUAGUGAUCCUAGAAAUUCAGCAUUUGAUAUUCAAUAUUCUGGUAUGACACCUGGAAUGACACCAGCAAUGACGCCAAACGUACACGGAGGAAAUUUUCCGAAUCAGUUUGGUUUGACACCAUCUCCUCACGGUUCAUCUCAAGGAAAUAUGACAAAUUUUGCGUUCCCCAAUACACCAAAUAUGUCUACACCUAUGUCACAAUCAUCGUUCGGUUCAAUGAGCACACCAUCAUCAUUUGGAGGAAAUAAUCAUGCAUUUAAUAAGAUGGAUGGGCCAAAACCUUUAAUAUUGGAACCGCCACCCCAUCUUCCACCUCAUCAACCACCCCAUUUGCCACCUCAUCACCCACCUCAUCAACCACCACUACAUCCACCUGAACCACCAUUCAUUGAUCAUACUCAGCCACCUCCUAACAUGUCCAAUUCAGUCAUUGACAAACCACCCCCAUUGAUGCCACCACAAAAUAAUGAACCGCCACGAUCUCAGUUUGACAAUAACUACCGCAACAGCAGAAAUCACAGGGAUAGAAACAACAGUUUUGACAGAAGUGACGAUCGUAACUAUGACCGAGGUGAUAAUAGACCUUUUAAUAGGGAGGAGGAUAGAAAUUUCAAUAGGGGUGACGACAGAAGUUAUGGUCGUAAUGAUGAUCGUGGAUUUAGUAGAAAUGAUGAUCGUAAUGUCCGUAGAAAUGAUAGGAACAACAGAAAUGGUGACCGAGGUUAUGGAAGUGGGAGAAACAGAUACGAUCGUGAUAGAAAUGAUCGUAAUCGUGAUUGGCGCAGAGAUGGUGGCAGAGGGGAUAGAAAUGAUCGAGAUAAUUCACAUAGGGACCGUGACAGAUAUGGAAGUAGGGAUAGGGAUCGCUAUAGUUAUGAUAGAGAUAGAGACAGAGACAAAGGUAGGGAUUGGGAAAGGGAUUCAAGAGAGAGGUUCGAUUCUCAAGGUGAAGAAGGUCAACCCCCUCCAAUGCAGCAAGAUCACAUGAUGAUGCAACCUCCACCCCCUUCAAUAAUUCCUUCUCAAAUGAUCCCACCCCCUGUCAUUCAGCAGCCACCAACCCAACAGGCUCCACCUCAAAAACCAAGAACUCCAGAUCCUGAACCGUCGGAAGAUGAACCUAGAGUGAUGAGUUUAGAUUCUAGAAUUCAGAGCUUGCUUCAGAGUUCUGGUAUGGUGGACAAUUUUGGAAGUCCUUCAUCAGAUUCAGCAGGUGAAUCACGUAAAAAGGAAGUUUCUCCGCCAGAAAAUGUUCCAAAUAAUGACAUCAGUAUUAGUGCUUCCCAAACUCCAUUUAACAAUUUUCAUUCCACACCUACAGACAAUUUUAGUGCUCAAAUGAAUCCUAAGCAGACAGAAAUAGACUUUAGAGAAAAUCAUUUUGUUCAGACCCCAUACAUGCAAACACCAGGAGACACGCCUUAUAUGUCAACGCCUGUUGCCAAUCAGGCUGAAGAUGCAGACGACAAAAUGAGCAUUUCAUCGGGAGAAAGUGGUAACCAGAAUAUAGAAAUAAAUCCAAGUAUGUUAGCUGCCAAUAAUCCACAGUCUAGUGCUAAUUUUAUGACAAAUCCCAAUUUCAGUGCAGAAUACUCUCAAUAUAGUAACUAUAUGGGUUAUCCAAAUCAAGCAGAAAUGUAUAACCAAAAUUAUUUCAAUCAAUAUCAAAAUAUAAUGAAUGACCAAAACUCACUUCAGAAUAAAGUAGAUGAUGAACAAUUAGAUAAAACGUUUUCUUCUGUUCUGGACAAAUUUGUGAAAGAAUUAAAAGAGAUUAUGCAGAAAGACAUGUGUAAGAAAAUGGUGGAGAGCUCUGCAUUUAAGUCGUUUGACAGCUGGUGGACCACAAAUGAAACAAGAACAAAGUCCAUGCCUCAAAGGUUAUUGCCUACAAAACCAGCAGAAUCAAAAAAGCCAUCUACAGUGACAGUUGGUAAGAGUGAGGUGAUGUCUACAUUGGCUACACUGUUUGAACCACAACAUCCAUGGUCCAAGGAAGGAGAGGUGAACCUUGGUGGAUUUGGUGGGGGUGGUGGAUUCCUCGGAAUUCGUGGUGGAAUGCCAAGGUUGCCAUCAUUUAAGCGAAAAACGUUUCACAAACCUCCACCUCCCCAGUUUGACGUCCAGCAACAAGAGGACAAAUCAAAGUCUAAAGAUCUUAAUGAGGAGGAUGAAGAAGGGGAAAUAUCUGACAAGGAAUCCCCAAGGAGACCUCGUAGGAAGCCAGUGGUCAGUGAAAGUGAGGAGGAAGGAGAUGAUGAAAGUGAAGACGAAGAAGGAGAUGAUGAUGAUGAGUCGGAUGAUGAGGAAGCAGGAAGUGCAGAGAGCAGUGAUGACGGAGAGGGUGAAGACUCCAGUGACGAUGAGGACUCCAGUGAUGAGGAGGAGGAGUCAUCAGAGGAAGAGGUGGAGACAGAGAAAGAGAAGGCGGAGUCUAAAGUAGAAGAAAAGUUACAAACUCAACCAGAAGAUACUGCUGAAUCUGCUUUGUCUGAAGAUGAGAAGGAGGAUGAAAGUAUGACAUCAGAUGCUCAAGAAGAAGAGGCCAAAGUUGAAGCUAAAAGAAAUGAGACUCCUAAGGAAAAAGGGAGAAAGAAAUCACCAGGAAAGCUAUCGCCUGUCAGAGAAUUAAGUGAAGUAACAGAAGAUUCUGAUAGUAAACAAACUGAAAGUGAGGCUGAAGAAAAAACAAGUGCUAUUCAGUCAACAUCUACAGACAGUUCCGUUAAAUCAGGAUUUCAAACUUUACUGGAGGCUUCAGAAAUUUUAAGUUUACGUGAUAGUGAGCAAAAACCACCAGUUUUAACACCAGUGAAAGACGUUCCAUUAAAAGCACCUGAAAGGGAAGAACGCCCAAGCUUUUUGGCGGAACAUGACUAUUUUGCAGCUCCUCUGGUAAGACCACCCGAAAAAGAAAGACUUGAUGACGUUGAUCUUGAUUCCGACGGCACAGAUUCUGCUGAUGAGGAUGGCAAUACCACUCCUAUGGAAGUGUUUAUUGACCAUAAUUAUUGCUUACCUCCCAAACCAUCAAUAAAAGACAUUCUGGAGGAGAAAAAACCUUCAAAACCAAAGACUUUAGAACCAAUUGUGAAUUUAGAAAAUAUAGAAAAUUUAUUAAAAACCGAGGACAAAAAGAAAAAAGAGCCUCCAAAGAGAGGCGGCAAAAGAAAACAAAAAGACAUGCAUUUAGUGGAUAUUACGGACGUACUGAAUAAGUCUAAAGGCAGCAGAGAGUUAAUUAAUCUUCUUCCACCUCCAAAAGAGGUGAAAAAAUUCACUCCAAGGAAAUUGGAAGAGGAACGACAAAUUUUCUUUGAUCUCUAUAAUCAGGGCAUAGACAAUGAGGAUGUGAAUUACUUAAAACGGACGUACGACCAUUUAUUACAGUCGGAAGAACCUAUGUGUUAUUGGAUAAAUGAUAUAUUAUGGGUCGACCAUCCGUUCACAAAUAUUCCCAACCCAGUGCCAUCAAAAAGACGGAAAAAGGACCAUGAGCACAAAACAGGGUGUGCGAGAACAGAGGGCUUCUACAAAUUAUCCAGGGAAGAUAAGAUGGGCAAAGUUCAUCAGGCAGCAUUUUGUGCAUUAGAGGAGGCAAAUAAAACUCAGGACAAGAAAGUGACAGCAUACUCCAACUCGAGAGAAGCUCGACAUGAAAACCGACGAUUACAGACCACAUUUGCUGAUCUGGAUAUAGGAGAUCUUCUCAAAUUCAAUCAACUUAAAUUUAGAAAGAAGAACAUGAAGUUUGCUCGCAGUGGUAUCCAUGCGUGGGGACUGUUCGCAUUAGAACCUAUAGCAGCAGAUGAGAUGGUCAUUGAGUAUGUAGGUGCUAGUAUUCGUCAGUCCGUCGCUGACCUGCGGGAGAAGAAAUACGAGAAAUCAGGAAUCGGCAGUAGUUAUCUCUUCCGAGUAGAUAGUGAUACAAUUAUUGAUGCAACGAAGUGUGGAAAUCUGGCCAGGUUUAUAAAUCAUAGUUGUAAUCCAAACUGUUAUGCCAAAAUUAUUAAUGUAGAUAACCAGAAGAAAAUUGUGAUAUAUUCCAAACGUGAGAUUGACGUUAAUGAAGAAAUAACCUACGAUUAUAAAUUUCCGUUGGAGGAUGAAAAAAUUCCAUGUCUUUGUGGGGAUGCAGCUUGUCGAGGAACACUCAAUUAGUUAUAUUAUUUAUUUUUUAUAAGUCUGCUGUUUUGUUAGUAGGAAAAUUAGUUAUUUAUCUUCAGUUGUGACUUAUUGAUCUAACGUUUUAUUUAUCAGAAAAGAAAAAUUCAACUAAAAAAUGUAUUUAUUGGAGAAAUCCGUACAGAUUAUGAAACUUAAGUGCUCAUUUUAUUAACUGAAUCUUUUUGUGUUUCACUGCUUCGAAAUAAAUAUGAAACAGGUUCAAGAAGAGGGUAAAAGAUGAAAUUGAAGUUUUUAGUAAUAAUUUUAAUUUAAUAAAUCCAAAGCAUUUGGAUAUAUAUGCUGUUUGCUAAGGAUCAAAAUGUUACUUUACGGAAAUUCAUAUUGGUAUUACAGUCAAACAAUUACCAAAAUAUAAAAUUAGAUAGUUGUAUUGGUAUAUUUCUGAUAAUUGUUUUUUAGUCUGCUGAUUGAACUUUUUUUAAAAGGAUUCUGAAAAAAUAAUAAAGGGGAACCAAGCAUUCUGAAAAUUUAGACAUGUUUUGAUUUUACUUCAAGAAUUUCAAAUCCUACUUGCUGUUAUUUUUUUUAUUUUUUUUGUCAUUUUUGAUUAUGAAAACAAGAUCUUAUCCAUCCAAAAGGCAAUGCAUUUUUGUACUAGGAACAGUAUAACAGACAUUAGUUGUUUUGCAUGUUAAUCAAUUUUUAAUACUAUUAGGUCAAAAUAAGGAUUUUUUUCAUUAUUAUUAUCAUUAUAUUGUAGUACAUUUUUAAAUUUCCUAUGUGCAAUAUAUUGUUAUAAAUUACAUUCAUGGUAGAAAAGGUUAGUUUGAAAUAAUAGGAUCAUAUCAUACAUCAGAGCUUUACAAUAUUUACUAAAAUAUAUACACAAAAACUGGUUUGAAAUUAAAUAAGAUUCAGUUUUCUAGACUUUCGAAAUGGGACUGAAAUUCUAGAAGUGAACCAACCCCUGGAGUGGUGAUUGUGCUGUA